UUGCGCAGAGCCUAUGUAACUAGAGACAAGCUUGUAAAGCUAGCCAAACAGCAACCGCACCGCAACUCAAAAGGCUAGUCUGUAACCAGAUUCGCAUACCUCUCACAUAAGCCUGUCAUCUAUAUCAAGCACGGCUACUCUGUCAGUUGGGCCGAGCAAGCAACAUGGAUACGAUGGUGACUCAAGAUCUCGCGGGGCCAGAGCAUAUGCAGCAGCCGCCAGGCAACUUUCUUGUCCGCCGUUUGACGACUCCCGUCAGUCCCAUCAAGGUCCCCAGUACCUUGCUCCAGGUGAACUUCCGGACGUUCAAUGGAGCUUCCGUCUUCUUCGUAGACGACGAUAUCGCCGUCAAGGUACAGACUCAACGCUACAUCCGCGACGUGGAGCUCCCGUCCGAACGCGUGCUUCUCGAUCUCUCCGUCGCCAACUUCGUUGGCCGUAGUAUGGAACGAGAGCUCUUCGAACGCUUGCGAUCCGACCCGCACCCGAACUUGGUCUACGAACUCGAUGUUGGCCACGCGGAGAUUGCAUUCUUCGAGCGCCUGGCUCCACUUACCGAUGUCUGGGGAGAGGCUGGAAAGCCUCGUCGAUAUCGCUGGGCUCGCGAGCUCGUCUCCGCCUUUGAGCACCUUGAACACAUGGGACGUAUCCCGACCGGGGUCCGUGUUGAGGACCUUGGUGUUGAUCGAACCGGUCGGCUGAAGCUCGUCGGUUUCGGUGCAUCCCCGCGCCGUCCGCCGCCAGAAGACGGCGCCGAACUAAACCUAGUCGAGGGAGAGACCGCCGCGGUCCACCCCAUUCCGCCGAGCGAGAUGUAUCGCUACGACGUGCAGCGAGCACACCAGCGUUUGGCAUGUUGCCUACAUUACGUCCUCAGCGGCAUCAAUCCGGAUGCCGACCCUUCUCCGGCCUCAUGGGACGAUCGGAAGAUAAUUGUGAACCGCGAGGAGCACACAACUGCCCCCGAGGCCGCUGUCGUCGCAGACAUCCUUCAACGAGCCUGGAACUUGAAGACAGGGAUGGACACACUGGCCAUGGUGGCGGAGAAGGCUCGUCGAGCACUCGAUGCCGUCCAUGUCGAGGAGGAGGAGAUUAGAUCUCUUCUUGCGGAGGAGCAUUAUCGAUCCCUUCAACCAAAGUGUCGAGAGUGGUUGGCUGCCCAAGAGCCAGACACGAGGUGGGUGGGAAAUGUGGAGGAUUAUGAAGCUGCUUGUGAGGCUGCAGGCUACUAGGACUCUUGAAGCGUAUCCUGACAUUAAAGCGAAAUAAGCAUUCCGCGCUAUCAAUAUAUGUUGAAUGAGGUGCGUAGUCAGCAUACGGUUCAGGGACACGAGUAGGGAGUCAAACUUGAGGCCGCGGGUGCUGUUUUCCGCAGGCCGGAUAUCAAUUGCAAGCUACCACCCGUAAUGACGACAGGCCUAUUAAAACCACCAUAUCACGCAUGUUACGUAUGGGGUGAUGAAUCGGCCGUGAUUGAUUGUAAUUAAUUUCCUGCCUGGCCGAAGAAGUCGAAAUCACUGUCCGAAACUCAGAUAAAAUGGCGACCCAAACAUCAACCAAGAGGCCCGACAACGUAGUCUGUAGCGUUGCCUU